UCCCUCGAGCGAACACUUACUUUCACUCUCUCUUCUGCCUCUUCCAUCCGCGGCGGCGGCAACAGCGAGCAACAGCAGCAGCACCAGCACCACCAGCCAGCAUCGCCGCCAAUAUCAUCACGUACGCGCGCGAAUUUUUCGCGCACGCCACCGUCCACAGAUAACACGCGACAACGGACGGUUUCGCGUCUCCGUUUCCUUCCUCCCGCGUCUCUCGCUCUUUCUCACUCUUUCUCCUCUCCGUCCACCUUCCUCCGGUUAUAACACCGAGCCGGUGUCCGCACGCCGCCACAGAACGCACCUGCCCUUCGACUCGGCUAGGUACCUGCACCUGUGGUGCCACACACACGAGAAGAUCCAGUUCAGUGAUACGCGGCGGAAUCGAUCCGGGAAUUUGUACGGUACACGCGCGAAUUCGAUUUGGUGUCUACGGGAAAAGUUCAUCAUCCAAGAAACUGAACGCGGGGAUGUUAGCCGAUCGCGAUGAGAGGCCCCAGUGAGUUAGCAGUGAUUAUUUGAGUCAGUGAUUUUGCUACCGCGGGAACACUGUGGACUAAAUGUCGGUGAUCAGCUCAGUGCAGUGCCGUGACCAGUGGAUGCUUGAUCCUGGAAGAAGAACGUAGAGGGUUCCUGUUUUAGUCUUUACACACACGGGACGCGGACUAUCAGCGAGGAUGAUACUGACGCCGGACAGCAGCGCGCAGGCAGCCGCGGCAACGUCGCCCGCGCCUGAAUCGCCGAUCUCCAGCAUCUCGUCCCACGGUUCGCGAGCGUCCAGCGUGUCGCGCAUGUCCUGUGUCUCUCAGGGCAUGCCCAGCGCUUAUCACGUGGCCCAGUUGCCCCAUCACAUCAGCCCUAACAUGCCCACCAUGGAUUCCACCGUAUCCUCCGCGAAACCUGAGCCUGAAUUGAACAUAGAAUUCGAUGGGACCACGGUGUUAUGCCGCGUAUGCGGGGACAAGGCGUCCGGUUUUCACUAUGGAGUGCACUCGUGCGAGGGAUGUAAGGGAUUCUUCCGGCGGAGUAUCCAGCAGAAGAUCCAGUACCGGCCCUGCACCAAGAACCAACAGUGCAGCAUCCUGCGAAUCAACAGGAACCGCUGCCAGUAUUGUCGUCUCAAGAAGUGCAUCGCUGUCGGCAUGAGUCGUGAUGCGGUGCGAUUCGGCCGUGUGCCCAAGCGUGAGAAGGCCAGGAUCCUGGCUGCCAUGCAGCAAAGCUCCCACAGCCGUUCGCAGGAGAAGGCGGUAGCCGCCGAGCUGGAGGACGAGCAACGGCUCCUCACGACCGUUGUCCAGGCCCAUCUCGACACAUGCGAUUUCACCAGGGACAAAGUCGCGCCGAUCCUUGUCCGGGCUCGGGAGACACCGAAUUACACAGCGUGUCCGCCAACCUUGGCAUGCCCCUUGAACCCUAACCCUCAACCGUUAACCGGUCAGCAAGAGCUACUACAAGACUUCUCGAAGAGGUUCUCGCCGGCUAUUCGCGGCGUGGUGGAGUUCGCGAAACGUAUUCCUGGCUUCAGCCUGCUGGCACAGGAUGACCAGGUGACGCUACUGAAGGCCGGUGUGUUCGAGGUGUUGCUGGUGCGGCUCGCCUGCAUGUUCGACGCCCAGACGAACAGCAUGAUCUGCCUGAACGGGCAAGUGUUGAAGCGGGAGUCAAUCCACAACAGCAGCAACGCGAGAUUCCUGAUGGACUCGAUGUUCGACUUUGCCGAGAGGGUGAAUUCUCUUCGACUAUCGGACGCCGAGCUCGGUCUCUUCUGUUCCGUGGUGGUGAUCGCAGCGGACAGGCCUGGCUUGCGAAACACGGAGUUGGUCGAGCGUAUGCACAACAAGCUACGCAACGCGCUACAAACCGUGCUUGCGCAGAACCACCCUCAACAUCCGGACAUCCUGAGAGAGUUGCUGAAGAAGAUCCCCGACCUGAGGACCCUCAACACCCUCCACUCGGAGAAACUGCUCGCGUUCAAGAUGACCGAGCAACAGCAGCAGAUGCAGGCUCAACAACAACAUCAGCAGCAGCAGCAGCAAGCGCAACACGUGAUUAGUGCUCAACAACCCCAGCAGCAGCCACAACAGCAGCAACAGCAGCAGCAACACUGGCCGAUGGAAGAAGAGCCGUCUGCAUCCUGGGGAUCCGCCUCGGACGUCACGUUGGACGAAGCCGUGAAAAGUCCCCUGGGCAGCGUGUCCAGCACCGAAAGCACCUGCAGCGGCGAGGUAGCCUCUUUGACAGAAUACCACCACGUGGCUCCGGCGAGCGGGCACCACGCGUCCAGUGCACCCUUGCUCGCCGCCACGCUAGCCGGAGGCCUCUGUCCGCACAGACGACGAGCGAACUCCGGCAGCACCAGUUCCGGUGACGACGACCUCCACCGCGCCUCUCUGUCCAAGACGCCCCAACCACCUCAGUGUCCGCGAUUCCGCAAGCUGGACUCGCCCAGCGACAGCGGCAUCGAGUCCGGCACGGAAAAGCCUGACAAGCCGGCGAGCAGCAGCGCAAGCAGCGCGCCCACCUCGGUCUGCUCCAGUCCCAGGUCCGAAGACAAGGAAGUGGAGGACAUGCCGGUGCUGAAGCGGGUGCUGCAAGCGCCUCCGUUGUAUGACACCAACUCGCUGAUGGACGAGGCGUACAAGCCGCACAAGAAGUUCCGCGCGCUCAGGCAAAAGGACAGCGCAGAGGCCGAGCCGGCCGUGAUCGUCCAGCACACGCAAUCCCAGCUGCACCUCCAUUUGACCUCGCCGCCUGCGCGGAGCCCAUCGAACCAGGUGCAGGCAGCUCAGUGUCCGCAGACCGCGAGCUUGCUGAGCAGCACGCACUCCACCCUAGCCAGGAGCCUGAUGGAGGGUCCUCGGAUGACGGCCGAGCAGCUGAAACGCACGGAUAUCAUCCACAAUUACAUCAUGCGCGGUGAGACCAGUCCAAGGUCGCCAGCUGUGUCGCCAUCGCCGGCGGAACAGUGCGCCUCGACGACCACGAUCACCGCUCGUUCGCCCCAGGGAUCUCAAGGACUCUUGCAGUGCGCCACCAGCAAUUACUCGACGACCAGGUGGCCGGCCACGUCGGUGAUCACGACGACGACCGCCUCGUCGCCCAGAUACCUAUCCGCGGCGGCGUCGAGUAGUACCAGCACGAGUCCAAGGCCGACCUCGAGCACCGCCGCGACGCUGAUGCUGUCCGGUUGCCCGAGCAACAUGAUGGAGCUGCAGGUGGACAUAGCCGACAGCCAGCAGCCGCUGAACCUUUCGAAGAAGUCGCCGUCCCCGUCGCCGAGGCCUCUCGUCGGACCCUGCAAAGCGUUGUCUCUCGAGGCGUAG